AUGAAUUCUACAAUUCUUUUAUCAUCAUCAUCAUCUUAUACAGUAAAUAUGAUGAAUACGAUACAAAUGAUAUUUGUAGAAAUUUUUAUUAUACUUGUUUCUAUUGGUUUAUUUGCUAAUAUAAUCAAUUGUAUUAUCUUUUAUCAAGCAAGAUUCCGAGGAAAUGCUUGUGCAUUACUAUGUGCAUCAAUCAGUGUAAUUAAUAUUCUUAUACUUAUACAAGGUUUUAUUCACUCAAUGUUAACAAUUCUAUGGAAUUCUAAUCCAGACAAUUCUAGUUCAGGUUAUUGUAAAACGAGAUUAUAUAUAAGACACAGUCUUAUGAUGGGAAAUCGUACUUUAACAAUAUUUGCUUGUUUUACAUGUUUUGCAUUAUCAUCAAAACGUGUUCACCUUCGAUUAUUAGCCGGUCGAAUAUCUCUUAUAUAUUGCCUCAUUAUUAUUACAUGUUUUUUAUGGUUUUUAAUUUCCAUUCAUAUACCAUUCAAUCUAGAUAUUAUCAGUAAUCAAUGUAUAAUGAUUGGAAAUUAUCAAUUAAUAUUUUCAAUUUAUUUAAUACUAUUAGCAGGUAUUUUAUCACCUAUAUUAAUGAUUAACUUUAUAUAUUUAACAUUAUUGAAUUUAAAAGCAUUACAUCGACCAAAGGAGACACUACAUAAGAAUUUUGAUACAUCUCAUCGUAUAAAAAAACGUGAUUCACAACUUAUACGUAUGUUACUUUCACAUGUUAUUAUAUAUCUUAUAACAACAUUUCUUUUUCCAAUAAAUAUGUUUUAUCAAGCAGUAACACAAUAUAUAAAUAAAAGUUCAGAACGUUUAGUUAUUGAAAGUUUUAUCACAUUUAAUACAGAUUAUUUUAUUUUUUAUUUCAAUAAUAUUGCACCAUUUUUCACGUAUUAUUGUACAUCAUCAAGUUUUCGUACUGAACUCAAACGAAUACGUUUCAUGUGCAAAAAUCGUAAUCGUGUUACAUCAAAUAGUACUUUAACGUAA